AUGGCAUCCCUGAAAAUAACCAAGAAACACCAUAAACACCUCAACAACCCUUUCCCUUCAAACCCGAAAACUCUCCCUUGUAUUCAUGGAAACCUUCUAUUCGAUUUUCAGUCAGUCCCUUCAGAACAGAUCUAUGACAUUGGAAAGGAUUUUCAGUCAAAUUGGUCAUCCAAAAAUGGCGGGUCUCUCUGUAUUUUCCAUAAGUCUCAGCCUUCAAGAUCCAUGUGGUCGACCGUCCCAGGACGAUCCUUUGUUUCUGCAGCAGUGGCUGAAACAGAGAUUGAAGAGAGUAGAGGAUCAUUUGUUAUCAAAGACAGAGAUAUCCACUCGAUAUGCAAUCAUCAAACCAUUGAUAAUAUCAGGACCAUUCAUACAUCUGAUAUCGUUUUAUGUGCAAAUAAUCAAGAUUUUACCUCUUUUAGCAAUGGACUGGACCAAGAAAGACAGAACAAAGGAAUACAGUUACCUGCUCUUCUGAUUACUGGGAAGAUUUUCUGUGUGAAAAAAAGGAAAAACAGUAUACAAAGUUCUGAAUUUAUAGAAAAACAGCCGUCCACUUAUGCUAAGUACUGGAUGCUGUUUGAUCAGAAAAACAAAAAUCAAAUUGGAUUCCAAGUGAGACUAGCAAAGCCAAAAGUGGAACAUCGGCAGAAGCUUUCUCCAAGAACUUAUGGUUACAGAGCCUUCAUUUCAAAAUUUGGUCGAAUUCGGAGACUUCGAAUUGGAUGCAGUAGAUAUUUUUCGAGGAAGAGAGGAAUUAUAACAGUUUCACCGGCAGAAGAGGAAAACGUAAUAAUGAAGAAUGAAGGUGUUACUGAUUUUAAUAGGAUCUGCAUUACAUAUUCUAGUGAAAAAAGCGAAAAAUUCUAUGGUUUUGGUGAGCAGUUUUCACAUAUGGACUUCAAGGGGAAGAGGGUGCCAAUAUUUGUUCAAGAGCAAGGCAUAGGGAGAGGUGAUCAACCUAUCACAUUUGCAGCGAAUUUGGUUAGCUACAGGGCAGGGGGUGAUGAAAGUACAACUUAUGCUCCUUCACCUUUUUAUAUGACAUCAAGAAUGAGGUCACUUUACCUUGAAGGAUACAACUAUUCAGUAUUUGAUCUAACGAAAGAUGACAGCGUCCAGAUACAGACGCAUGGAGAUUUGGUUGAAGGUAGAAUACUGCAUGGGAACUCACCUACUGAGCUUAUUGAACACUUCACAGAAACCAUUGGGAGACCUCAAAAACUUCCCGACUGGAUAAUAUCAGGUGCUGUGGUGGGAUUGCAAGGUGGCACCGAAACAGUACGUCAUAUGUGGAAGGAGCUGCAGGCUCAAGAAACUCCAGUAUCGGCAUUUUGGUUGCAGGACUGGGUAGGGCAGAGGAAAACAGUUAUUGGAUCACAACUUUGGUGGAACUGGGAAGUGGAUUCAAAUAGGUACUCAGGAUGGCGGCAAUUAAUCAAAGAUCUAGGUGCACGGGAUAUUAAAGUGAUGACAUAUUGCAAUCCUUGUUUAGCUCUGAUGGACGAAAAGCCUAAUGCAAAAAGAAACCUAUUUGAGGAGGCGACAAAGUUAGACAUCUUAGUGAAGGAGAAAAAUGGAGACCCAUAUAUGGUUCCUAAUACAGCUUUUGAUGUUGGAAUGCUGGAUCUGACCCAUCCAAAGACAGAAAGUUGGUUCAAACAGAUUUUGCAAGAAAUGGUGGAUGAUGGAGUCCGGGGAUGGAUGGCUGAUUUCGGUGAAGGCCUGCCAGUUGAUGCCUGCCUUUAUUCAGGUGAAGAUCCAAUUACGGCCCAUAAUAGAUACCCAGAGCUAUGGGCAAAAAUAAACAGGGAAUUUGUAGAAGAAUGGAAAAGUAGUCUCGUGGGUAAGGAGAAGGAAGAUCCAGAAGACGGCCUGGUAUUCUUCAUGAGGGCUGGUUUCAGGAAUAGUCCAAAAUGGGCGACCCUAUUUUGGGAAGGUGAUCAAAUGGUAAGCUGGCAAGCUAAUGAUGGGAUAAAGAGUGCAGUGGUAGGAUUGCUCAGCAGUGGACUUUCAGGGUAUGCUUUGAAUCAUAGUGAUAUUGGAGGCUACUGUUCUGUGAACUUACCAUUUUUUAAGUAUCAAAGGAGCGAAGAACUACUCUUGCGGUGGAUGGAGCUGAAUGCAUUCUCCGUUGUCUUCCGGACACAUGAAGGAAACAAACCAACUAGCAACAGCCAGUUCUACUCCAACCACAGAACAUUAUCGCAUUUCGCACGCUUUGCCAAGAUAUACAAAGCUUGGAAGUUUUACAGGAUCCAACUAGUUAAGGAGGCCUCUGAAAAGGGCCUACCUGUUUGUCGCCAUCUAUUCCUCCACUAUCCAGAAGAUGAAUACGUGCAUACAUUAACGUAUCAGCAAUUUCUAGUAGGCACAGAGAUCCUAGUAGUGCCUGUUCUAGAUAAAGGCAAGGAAGUGGUUAGGGCUUAUUUUCCAAAAGGAGAAAACUAUUCAUGGAAGCAUGUUUGGACAGGAAAACUAUAUUCUAAACCAGGUUCUGAGGCUUGGGUGGAAGCUCCAAUUGGAUACCCAGCCAUUUUUGUCAAAGACUCGUCUAAAAUUGGAGACACCUUUCUGAAAAACCUCAAAGAAUACAAUGUCCUAUAAAGAAGUUACAACCGAAAUGGAUGCUGUAGAAUUGUUUAGGUUUGUUAACAAAGAGAUGUACAGUCUCUACAUAUCUCAUAUUCUACCAGGCAUUUGUUAAUUU